GAGCAAGUGGCUUCAGAGGCUCCAUGUUUUUCGCUGUGGGGAUAAGACCAGUUCUUGCCUCAAGGAGCUGUUGGCGGUUUAAGGGAGUUAAAUGUGCAAAGGUCUGAGCACCGACCGCAAGGGAAAUCAGGUGUGGGCUUGUGGACAAGGAGCCAGAGGUCAACUGGGACUUUGUACCCAGGACAUGGCUCCAGGGCCCUGCCGGGAAGUUCAGGGUUGAGGUCAGAUGUCCAGGACGAGGCCGAGCUCAUGAGGAGCCUGGGGCGGGAUGGGGGUGGGGCCCCUGGCCCAGGGUGGAGGUUUGGGAGGCAGGAGGACUGACAUGGACUUCCUGGGCCUGGCUCCUGGGCCGCGAUGGACAGUGGACUCUGACCCCGGAGUUGGCCGUCCUGCCCUCAGCCUCCCCUAGUCCCGUCACUGUCAGUGCUGCCGUCAUGCUGCCCCCCAGGACUGCACUCCUUUUGACUCUGCUCUUGGCUGCAGCCUCCCUGGGCCAGAGGGCUCGCAGACCCCCUCGGCCCCCGUCCCCCAUCAGCACCAUUCAGCCUAAGGCCAACUUCGACGCUCAGCAGUUUGCAGGGACGUGGCUUCUCGUGGCCGUGGCCUCCUCGUGCCGCUUCCUGCAGGAGCAAGGCCACCGGGCUGAGGCGACCACAUUGCAGGUGGCUCCCCAGGGUGCAGCCAUGGCCGUCGGCACCUUCCAAAAGCUGGAUGGGGUCUGCUGGCAGGUGCGGCAGCUCUUCCGAGACACGGGGGUCCCGGGCCGCUUCCUGCUCCAAGCCCGAGGUGCCCGCAGGGUGGUGGACGUGGUCGUCGGGGAGACGGACUACCGGGGUUUCGCCGUCCUGUACCUGGAGCGGGCGCGGCGGCUGUCGGUGAAGCUGUACGCCCGCUCCCUCCCCGUGAGCGACUCGGCCCUGAGUGCGUUUGGACAGCGGGUCCAGGGGGCCAACCUGACGGAGGACCACAUCUUGUUCUUCCCCAAGUACGGUUUCUGCGAGGCCGCAGACCAGUUCCACGUCCUGGACGAAGUGAGCAGGUGAGGCC